AUGUCCUGCCCGCACGUGAGCGGCGUCGCGGCGUUGCUCCGGCAGGCGAGGCCAGAGUGGAGCCCCGCCGCGGUCAAGUCGGCCCUGAUGACGACGGCGUACAACGUGGACGGCGCCGGCGGCGUGAUCGGCGACAUGUCCAUCGGCGGCGAGUCCACGCCGUUCGCGCGCGGGGCUGGGCACAUCGACCCCAACCGCGCCGUGGACCCGGGCCUCGUGUACGACGCCGACACGGAGGACUACAUCGCCUUCCUGUGCGCGCUCGGCUACACCGCCGAGCAGGUCACCCUGUUCGGCUCCUCCGCCAACUGCUCGGCCCGCGCGGGCGCCUCCCUCGGCGACCACAACUAUCCGGCCUUAUCGGUGGUGUUCACCGCGAACAAAACGGCAGCCGUCACGCAGCGCCGUGUCGUGCGCAACGUCGGCGGCCAUGCCAGGGCUACGUACAGGGCCAAGGUGACUGCCCCGGACGGCGUGCGCGUCACGGUGACCCCCCCGACGCUGCGGUUCAGCGCGAGACGGAGGACACAGAAGUUCGUGGUCACCUUUGCACAGCGUAGCUUCGGGAGCGUCACGAAGAAUCACACGUUCGGGUCCAUGGAGUGGAGCGACCGCAAGCACUCGGUGACGAGCCCCAUCGCCAUCACCUGGCCGCCGAGCCAGGUUGCGGUGAUGUGA